AUGGCAGAGCUGGGUCUGCCGGUAGCCCAAAUUCAAUGCGGAUGUCACACGGAUGCCCAGGUCAUUCCGCCCGACGACUCAGAGGGCGGUUCCGACUUGCUUGCAGCGGCGCAGAGCGCGGCCGAUGCGGCCGGAGGGAAAGGGCUGGAGACAUGCAUAAUGCGGGUAAUGGAGCCAAAGCAUCAGACCGACUUUCAUGUGUCUUCUGGUGCAGCUAGCAGCGCCGUGUCAGUGACUCGCGGGCAUUUGGGAGACCUCUUUGUGCCCAACAAGGCAUCUGGCCAAGUCAAAGAGCCUGUGGCUCCGCCGAAGCCCAGCGAGGGCUCAGAGUCCGGCAGCGACUUUUUCGGUUUGGCCAAGGGCGUGGCUGCAGAGGUUUCCAAAUCCGGCGUUGAGUCAGUGUCUGCGGGCCGCGGCGGUGUGGGUGAUCUCUUCGCGCCGAUGCGCGUCACGACGCCGCCCGCCGAAGACUCGGAGGCUGGUUCAGACCUUCUGGCCGCGGCGCGGACUGCAGCCGACGCGGUCUCGUCUGGAGUCGCCAGCAGUGCAGUCUCCGCGGCGAACGGUCGCCUUCGCGACCUCUUCGCCCCCAGCCAGGCAUCGAGAGGAAAGGCUCCAGCGGUCCCCCCGAAGCCCAGCGAGGGCUCUGAUUCCGGCAGCGACCUCCUGGGCUUCGCCAAGGGCGCUGCUGCCGAGGUCUCCCGUUCUGGCGUCCAGUCGGCAACAUCCGGGCUCGGCGGAGGUGGCAUGCGCCACUUGUUUGUGCCACCGGCGCGAUCGCGGGCUGUCACGACGCCGCCCGCCGAAGACUCGGAGGCUGGUUCAGACCUUCUGGCCGCGGCGCGGACUGCAGCCGACGCGGUCUCGUCUGGAGUCGCCAGCAGUGCAGUCUCCGCGGCGAACGGUCGCCUUCGCGACCUCUUCGCCCCCAGCCAGGCAUCGAGAGGAAAGGCUCCAGCGGUCCCCCCGAAGCCCAGCGAGGGCUCUGAUUCCGGCAGCGACCUCCUGGGCUUCGCCAAGGGCGCUGCUGCCGAGGUCUCCCGUUCUGGCGUCCAGUCGGCAACAUCCGGGCUCGGCGGAGGUGGCAUGCGCCACUUGUUUGUGCCACCGGCGCGAUCGCGGGCUGUCACGACGCCGCCCGCCGAAGACUCGGAGGCUGGUUCAGACCUUCUGGCCGCGGCGCGGACUGCAGCCGACGCGGUCUCGUCUGGAGUCGCCAGCAGUGCAGUCUCCGCGGCGAACGGUCGCCUUCGCGACCUCUUCGCCUCCAACAAGGCCAACAGUGUGCGUCGAGGCCGAGAUGUUGAGGCGGCACCGCCUCGAAGGCGUACGGAGGUAGCUGGCCAACACCAAAGUGCACCACCAAAAAGCCAGCAACCACCCUGGGCCCAAGCUCUCGACGAUGGAGCUGAAACAGAAAAUGUUCGCGCGCGGACUGUUCUUCCGGUGCCUGUACCCUCUCCGCCGCGUCUGCGAGCGCAGCCACCCCAACCCCCCGACCCGCCGCCUUUGCCAAAUCGGACCUUUCUUACGGAUCCGAACGAGGAGGGAGAUGCGGGAGCGGAGUCCGGCGAGCUCGUGAUGGCCCGGGGUUCCGAGUGCCGCCAACAAUCUCAGUGUAGACCUCCAGACAUCUCCAGUUCCGGAUGUUGGACUUGCAGAUUCCGUGUCGGCCCAAAUUCUGGCAAGCCAAGGGUUGGCGUUAUGGUAUUUUAUGGUUAUAGCUAA